AUGAAACGUUUCGAAUCCGUAUUUAUGAUUAUCGAUGUUAUUUUGUUUAUUAUUGUUUGGGUAACAUUUUUUGGUAUUAUUGUUUAUUUAUUUUAUCCAGCUCUCCCACCUGAAAUUUAUCCAACCCCAACAAUAGUAAAACAGUCUGAUACUUUUUUUACAAUGAUUCAGGUUUCAGACCCUCACUUUUCUAAAUGGUGGAUUAAUCAUGCAAUUAAAAGGAUGAAUGAGUUUUGUAGUUCAACCUUAAAGAAAACGCAACCUGAACUUGUUGUUGUAACUGGCGAUAUCACGAAAGGCCAAAAAAUUGCUGCUACAAACUAUCCAAUGCAACAUCGAGAAGAGUGGGAAGGUUAUAGAACUAGAGUAGAUAAUGUAUGUAAAAAUUAUUUUUGUAAUAAUAAUUUUAAUCAAUCAGAAACUGAGUUAUUAAAUGAAGUACCUAAAUGUCUUUCUGAUCAUUGGAUUGAUGUUCGUGGAAAUCAUGAUAGCGAUGGAAUGAUAUAUGGUGUUGAAGAAAAAAAUUAUGCUAAAGACUAUCUAAUUUCUGGAGACCAAAAAUUGAUUGUCCGAGAUAUCAUCAAAGAUAAUCAAACUAUUAGAAUUAUUUUAAUCGAUAUGUUUCAAGAAACUUCUUUACCUGUUGAUGGGGAAGGAGUAGUCAAUAUUUCAUUAUAUAAUAUAAUAAAACAAAAAUUAACUGAACGAAAAACAACUCACACAAUCCUUGCUGGACAUUACCCAAUUAAUUCAGUUGUUGUUGAAGAAAAUAAUACUUUACUCAAUUGUCUUAGAAAAGACUUUAAUAACAAUCUUCCUUUUUCGAUGUAUUGGAGUGGUCAUUAUCAUCAAAAAAAUUUAUAUGUUUAUCAUAAAGGUGGGAUUAGAGAAGUUGAAUGUCCAACGAUGGAAAAUAAUGUUGUUCAUAUUUAUGUAUUUAAAGAUGGAUUUAUUUAUGACAAAGAUUUAUACAUUUACAAAGAUACAGUUUUAUUAUUAAAACCAACAGCACAAAAGUAUUACAAUCAUAAUUCUGCAUUUGAAACAAUUGAAUCCUAUUCUAAGUUUGAAGGAAUUGUUUUUUCAUUACAAAAAGUAAAAGUAGUUAAAUUAUAUAUUAAUGGAGAAGAAUAUUGUCAAAUGGAUCAAAAUAAUAAAGAUAUUCGUUUGUAUCAAUGCGAUGCUCAAGAAUAUUACUCAACUCAUCAAAGAAUUUAUAAAGCAAAACUUCUUGUUUUAUUUGAAGAUGACUCAAUUCAAGAAGAUGAACAAGAAAUGAAAGAAACGUUUAAUCACAGAAAAUAUAUCUUGACUUUUUCUUUUUUUAUUCUUACAAAUAUUAUCUUACUUUUUAUAGAAAUUAGAUUAGUAGUGUGUUGUAUAAUUGCUGGGUUAUUAUUUAGAUUCAAGCCAUUAAUUUAUUUAACUCGAUUUGUCCCAUUUACAUUCAUUCGAAAAUAUAGAAAGAUGCCACUUUCUUAUUUGUUAUUUUUUAUUGGUAUUUUAUUGUAUAUACACUGUGGGUAUAUUGUAAUUGGAGAUAUGGGAAUGGGACAAGCUGUUUACAUAACUUUUAAAACUGUUCUUGUUGGACCUCGUUCAGCUCAUUUCCAUUCAACAAGACUUGCCAUCAUUUGUUUUUUAAUUGUAUUAACAUGGUAUUGUUGUUAUGGAGUUGCUUUGUAUUGUAUGCAAUAUCAACUUCAAGCAAAUUUGUGUUUUGGGGUUCUUGCUUUCUUACUUGGGAUUUUUACAAGAAUGGCUUUAUUUACUACGGCUGUUUCUUUAAUUUUUACCAGUCCUUUUACAUACAUCAUGCUUUUAAAUAUAGGUAUUCUUGUUCAUAGCAAAUAUGGUCAUCCUGUCGAUUUAAAACUUAAAAAAUCAACUCUAUCUCAAAAAGUGAUCGUUAUUUAUUAG